AAUAUUUCACAUGAUAUUUGGGUUUAAACAAUUUCUAUUAAUUCUGUUAUUUAUUGAUUUAUUUGAUAUAAAAUUUAUUUAAUUGUAACGAAAGAAUAAAUUAUUAAAAAAGAUUAAAAUGAAUUUCAUUGCAAAAGUCUUAAUAAUAAUUGUGAGUUCGUUAUCAUCAGUGACCAGGGCAAAUUUAUCGGAUUUAAUAUCAAAUCCUGUGAACCAUUUGCCUGCCAAUGAAAAUCCAAGAAUCUAUAACAUUGGAGCUGUUCUCAGUUCGGGUGACAAUAUAUACGAGUUUUCACAACGCUCCGUUUUCACAUCAGGCGGACGUCUGGAUAGAGAUCUUGAUUCGACUCAAGUAUUUCAGUGUUGUAUUCAUCCACAGCUCCGACAGCGAUGGCAGGAGUACUUUAGGACGCUUUCAAAACUUAGCCGACAUUUCAAAUAUAAAAGUGGAGUCAGUAAUUAAGUACGAACCGGGAAUUCCUAACAUAGUCCUAGAGUUAGAAGAGGCCAAAAGGGAGCUCUUCUGUCGGAUAUUCAUAUUGUAUGCCAAUGAAGAGGACGGACACAAUAUUUUCCAACAAAUAUACUCACAAAAUAUGACUGAUUCAGGGUAUGUAUGGCUGGUCAGUGAACAAGCCAUGGAGGCGCCCAAUAGA